AUGAGGGGUUUAAGAGUGUUGGAUCUUUCACACAACAAUUUGUCGGGCGUGAUCCCAAGUUAUCUAGGUGAGCUUCAACUAGAUAUGUUGAAUUUGUCUUUUAAUAUGCUACAUGGACAAGUUCCAAUACAAGGAGUGUUUCAAAAUGGGAGUACAGUUUCAAUUGUUGGAAAUAAUGAGCUAUGUGGAGGUAUUGCAGAAUUAGACCUUCCUCCUUGUCCAUCCUCCAAAUCAAGCAAGAAUAAGCUAUCUCACAGGAUGAAAGUUAUCCUAGUGGUGGUUGGUCUUGUGAUAUUUUUAUCUUUGUUUGUUAGUUUCUUUAUAUUUCUUCGAUGGCAUCAUGUUUCAAAAAAGAAGACCUCUAGCAUGCCAUCAAUCAAACAACAAUUUUUGAGGGAGUCUUAUGCAGAGCUUCUCAAAGCCACCAAUGGAUUCUCAGAGGCUAAUCUAAUUGGUGUUGGGAGCUAUGCUUCAGUUUACAAAGGGAUUCUUGAUCACGUUCAGAUGGUUGUUGCAGUGAAAGCGCUCAAUCUUCAGACUAGAGGAGCUUCUAAGAGCUUCAUGUCAGAAUGCAAGGCACUAAGAGCCAUAAGACAUCAAAAUCUAUUGAAAAUUUUGUGUGUUUGUUCCAGUGUGAAUUUCCAUGGUAAUGAAUUCAAAGCUCUGGUAUAUGAAUUUAUGGCCAAUGGAAACUUGGGCAAUUGGUUGCAUCAAGUCAGUGUUGGAGACAAUGAGCAACUAGAAGAUCCUAGAAAUCUUAAACUAAUCCAGAAGAUGGGCAUUUCCAUUGAUAUUGAUUCUGCACUUGAGUAUCUUCAUUGUGGUUGUGAGUCAACAAUUAUUCAUGGUGAUCUAAAACCAAGCAAUGUUCUUUUGGGUGAUGAGAUGAUAGUCCAUAUUGGAGAUUUCGGGUUAGCGAAAAUUAUUUCUACCGUUUCAAAGUAUGGCAUGGGUGACAUGGCUUCCACACUAGGGGAUGUAUACAGUUUUGGAAUUCUUUUAUUGGGGAUGUUUACAGGUAAGAAACCAACUGACGAUAUGUUUAAGGAUCAUCUGAAUCUACAUAACUUCGUUAAGAAUGCUUUUCCUGAACGAGUGAUGGAGAUUGUGGAUCCCUACAUCCUAUUGGAGCAUAAAACAACAAGGUGGAUUAAAGACUGCAUGGUUUCCAUUCUAAGAAUUGGAGUUGCAUGUUCAAUGGAAUCACCAAGAGAUCGAGUGGAAAUGGGGAGUGUUAUUAGUGAAUUGCAUAACAUCAAAAAUACUUACUUGAAUGAAGGGUUGAACCAAGAAUGAAGGGUUGAACCAAGACUGGAAAGUGGGAAGAGAUUUUGCAACAUGAAAACCUUAAGGUUACUUCCAAGGUCCUCCAAUAAUGGUUUCCUCUACAAGAUUACAAGUGGUGGCUUUAGUAUCUUCAUCAACAAUUUUAAUCUAUAUUUAAUCUAAUGCUUGAAUAAAAAAGCUGUCACUUUUCUCCUUU